GGAUAUUGAGUAUCUCAUCAAUCGCAAUUAACCUAGCAGUCAAAUAUAAAUGGGUCUGUUUUGGUCAAACCUUUCGUGUUCACAUUUAAUCCAGUCAAUACAAAAUGGAACGCAUGGCAAUGUGGAUGUUUUCAGCUCCCACAAACGACCUACUGUUCUUAUUAUACAUCAUGGGUCUACAACACCCACCACUACCCACAACACGCUCACCAUUCUAUUAAUACCAAGCAGGACCAUAGGCAUAUUGGAUUUCACUCCCUCUUGCUGCUACGGUUUAACGUAGUAGGCCUACUCCCUUUUAUUGAAUGUUUGAAAUCAAAUGCACCAUCUCUGUAUUACGAUAAUCUCAGUGCAUGUUUGGCACUCCACAGAGGACCCUUGCAAAAGGUAAUGCUUACCGCCUUUAUCGCGGCAAUUUGCGAGAUCAUCUCAGGCCUUCUCUGUGGUGUGCUGAUGUCGACAAUGCCGCUGUCAGCCUCUGGGUCGCCCUUCUCCUUGCCCGACUUGGGUGCAGGUGAAAGUGCAGGCAGCGGGACGCCCUACUUGGGUGCAGGUGAAAGUGCAGGAAGCGGGACGCCCUCCGUGUUCAUGGAGGAGUUGAGCCCCAGGCAGCUGGCGGCCAAGGAGCUCAAGGCCCGCUUUCUGGCGGCCUUGCAGAGGAACGACGGCCGGGCGGUGUUGGAGAUCCUGUACCACAGCGACCUGGAUAUAGACACGGUGCUAGAGGUGGAGGACCGCAACAUGGUCCUGGCUUCGUACAAGCAAGGAUACUGGUUGCCAGGCUAUAAACUUGAGAAGUCAUGGGCGAUGGGCGUCCACGUGUGCGUGAAGUACAACGCGUUAGAGUCACUACUGGUGCUCCUCCAGAAGGGGGCGGCGGUUAACCGCAAACCCAACGGCAAGACUCCGCUGCAUGUGGCCUGCGAGGUCUCCCAGGCGGACUGCGUGGCCUUGCUAUUGGACCAUGGGGCCCGGGUCAACAGCAAAUCAUUAAGCGGCCACACAGCGCUCCACUACUGUAUCACCAGGGAUUCAGUGGACUGUGCCAAGCAGCUCCUUCUCAGAGGUGGGAAGGUGAACAUGCCCAGUGAUAACAACGAAGAGGACACUCCGCUGCACAGGGCCGCCCGGUUCGGCAUCCCCCAGCUGGCGGCACUGUACCUGUCCAGCGGCGCUGCAGUGAACGCGGUCAACUCUCACAAGGAAACUCCCCUGCUGACUGCGGCCUUCUGGGCCUUCAACCAGAAGGAGCAGCUCUACAGCGAGGACCACCACCUCGUCUGUCGCAUUCUGCUGGACCGCAAUGCAGACCCAAACAUCCCAGAGGAGGACAAGAAGACGGCCCUCCACAAGGCCGCCUGGAACUGCGACCAGGUGCUGAUGCAGACGCUGCUGGAGGGCGGGGCGGACGCCCGGGCCAUGGACAUCAACGGCUGCGCCCCCGUCCAGUACCUCCUGAAGGUCACCGGCGUCCGGCCCAUGGGCGUCCCCCACCUCUGCUACCAGCUGCUGCUGAACCACAACGCCGCGCGUGUCUACCCGCCCCAGUUCCACAAGGUGUUGCAGGCCUGCCAUGACUUCCCUGAAGCAGUGGAGAUCCUGGCCAACUCCUACGAACGCUUGAAGCCCACAAGGAAAUGGCGAACGUCCAUUCCUGACGACUGCUAUAAGAGACACCAGGCGUUCUACGACUCCCUGUUCUCCGUGUGGUCCGACGGCCCGCGCUCCCUGAUGCACCUGGCCAGGUGUAGCGUCCGCGGCGCCCUGGGGGGGAUGUGUAUGGCCUCCGUCCCGCGGCUCCCCCUGCCGCCGUCCGUCCAGAGGUACCUGUUACUGGAGCCCAGCGGAGCGCUCUACUGAAGGGGCCCCGGAGUGGGUGUGUCAGGUCACCCUGGGUCUCCCCGCCAACUGAAACAGCCCCACCCUGAGUCGAGGCCGGCCGAGGGUCCUUCUGGUCCUUCUGGUCAGGCGACAGAGCGGCGCCCAAGUGUGUUUGUCUUUUGCUGCGUUGCCUAGCAACGGACGACGGUUGGAGGGGAGAGGUGGUUGGUCCGCCUGCACUUUAUAGACGUGGGAUCAAGCUUCACGUUGGGGGCAAUGAACAAAGAAGCUUCACGGAGCAGCAAUGGUGCUGAUCCAGGACUAAUCUGCACCUUUCUUCUCGGGGGAUGUAGUGCCUGAACCUGAAAGGACACAUUUAUUAAGAUCCUAGUUUUCUUUUAAGGAGGAAGACUGGAAUGGUCAGAGUUUGGACUUACAACUGGCUCCUGAAGGAAUUAUAAAGAUAAAUGUUCUUGGUUUGAGUCCCUGAUGUCCUCAGGCUACUUGUACACAUCCUUAGCGAUUUGUUUAACCCCUACCUGCGCUGUAACGGACGGUCAGGGUAGUGUAGUGGCUAGGGGGUUUACGUCUCGCCAAAACCUACUGGGUUUGAUCCCUCUAUCCAUAGACUACCUGUAGGCAUCCUUAAGCAAGAUUUAUUAACACUACCUAACCUCUUAUGACGUGUAUUUCACUUGGAAAAAAAGAAAAUAACAUUUAGACAGUCAAUGUUCAAAUAAAUGGAUAAUCAUGGAAAUAAAGAAAAAUAGACAGACAA